GUCGAUUCCCGUUCGUUCAGUUUAGUUCCGUUCAUUCAUCAGUCAAGUCAGGAAGUCGCAAGUCGCAAAAUCGAAUAAAAAAGUGCAUCACCAUCAAAAUUUAGUGUUCCAUCGUCGCCGUGGAAAAGUGCGGAGGAGUUGCAAAAUUUUGUGCAUCAGGAAGGAAAAUACCUUCGCGAAAGAAAGGAGCUACUAAAAGUAUUUGCGGUGCAAAAUAAGUGAUGAUUAUUUCCACCAAGUGAUCAGAAGAGGAAUUGCAAAACAAAAAAGUAAAGUGAGAACCUCUCAGUCAGAAGUCAGUCAGUGGCUAAAAAAGGAAGAAGUUUCAAGGGAACAACACAACAAAGAGACGACGACGACAUCGGAUCGAAGUCGGAACAUCGCGUCAACCAUCAGAAUCAGCAGCGAUUGGGUGCUAGAACUCUCGGUUGCGGUCAUCAACCAGCGCAGCGAAAAAGUAAUGUCAUAAGCCACUGGAUGCCAGGAUCCGAAUGUUCUAUCCCAUGAAGAUGACUCGGCAGGCAAAGCGCUGCCUGAAAAUUGAAUCGAUUUAGUGUAAAACAAACAGUCAUUUGACCGGAUUCAAGACGAUAUCGAAGCAAAAAAUCAAAAUAACGCCAGACAGUAACCUCGUGGCGGAAACUGUGCACUGUGAAUCGAACCCGGACCGAAUCGUGGCAGCUGUAUCAUUGUCUUCGUCGUCCGACGCCCCAACCCACAGGAAGUCGACCAGCACUUUGGCAAGGAUUCGUCCAUGCACUGAGGCAUCCACUGACGGAAGUGCGGCUGCAGCUUCAGAAAAUAACCGUUGCUGUUCCGGUGCCGGUGGGUGUACCAAGUGUUGCUGCUGCUGUUGUUGCGGUGGCUGUUGUGAGGGCAACAAGCGGCAACGACAACAACAACAACAACAACUGCAACAGUUGCAACGACGAAGCAGUGAUCCUCCAGGCUGUCGACAGAAGCGCCAGCAGCAACGGUCGGCUUCGUCUUCGUCGGUUGGGGUGGUCGUUCCGGCCACAGUAGUCAGUGUCAGCACCCGUAAAUCCUGUUGCGGUGGCGCUGGAAGGCAACAGCGGAGGACCCGCAGUGGCAACGGUACCGGCACGGGUACUAUGGAGACAACCCAUCUGGUGACGGAGUUUAUUACGCACACCGGAGCCAACACGCAGGACGCCGUCAGCUGUCUGAAGUCGUGGGAGUGGGAUCUCAAGAAGGCGCUCAUCGACUAUAAUGACACAUCAACGACGGAAUAUUUCAACAGCAAGCAAAUUGACAAUGAGAUAUUAAUGAAAGCACAACAACCGCCACCAGCCCCGACGACGAGUACCACAUCAUCACCUCCGAAACAUCAUCCUGUUAUCACCACCAUCCCGUCUUCAACACUGGCAACUUCCGGCGCCUCCCAGCAGCCACCCCUAGCAAGGCUGCAGCAGUCCUCGUCAUCCGCUAGUUUUCCAUCAUCGUAUAGCAAUCAGCAGGUGCAUCAACAGCUCCGUAGUGCGCCCAGUAGCAGUAGUAAUACUAGUCAACAUCAUCCUCCUCUCCCUCAUCAUCCGGUGGUGGGUCCACGAUCCAGCACGACCAGCGUGACCAGCAGUAGUGGCAGCAGUGCGGGUGGUGGUGGUGAUUGCGGGUCGUCCUCGAGUCAACACCACCAACAUCACAAUCAUCAUCACCUUCUGCCAGGGACGGUUUCCGCCGUCAAAAGCGGACUGCAGCAGCAACAGCAGCAGCACAAUCAUUACAGCAAUGGAACGUCGUCGUUGAGUCUGCUGAAGCCAAUGCUUACCAAAACCGACUCGAUAGACAUUUUUGAUUGCAAAAAGCUCGAACGGGGCAUUUCGCGUGCUACGGAAAAUGUGAACCUGGUGUCCCGGGCCCGGCAAGAGUUCGAGAUGGACCUGCACACCCAGUGCCACGAGCAGAACGAGAAAAAUCUCAACUUUAUCGACACGCCGGACUACACCUUCACGCUGCCCGAUCUGACCAAGUACACGGAGGAGUUUCGAAAAUUUCUCGAAAAGGAUCUAAUCGAUACGUCUACACUUAACUCGCUGGAGGCGACCAAUCGGUUGAACUGGUGGUACGACUCCGGAGUGUGUCGAAAGCUAUGGCCAUUAACAACUGCAGGUGACGGCAACUGUCUACUGCACGCGGCUUCCCUGGCGAUGUGGGGCUUCCACGACAGGCGGCUCACGUUGCGCCGCGCCUUGCACGACAUCCUCUCGAAGGAGGACUUCCGGGAUGCUCUCUACCGGCGGUGGCGCUUCCAGCAGACCCGGGUCAACAAGCAAGCCGGCUUCGUGUUCUGCGAAAGCGAGUGGGCCAAAGAGUGGGAGGAAAUUGUGGCGAUUGCGUCACCGGAACCGCGAAGAAACUCCAAGAGCGUCUCCCGGCGACGCUCGUUGCUGAUGGAGAAGAGCUUUGACGGUGGUUCCAUGGGCGGUGACGACGAGAAUGCAACGUACGAAAGCUUAGAGGAGAUUCACGUGCUAGCCUUGGCGCACAUUUUGCGAAGGACGAUCAUAGUCGUGUCAGAUGUGUUCCUGCGAGAUAUGAACGGGGAAGCGUUUAGUCCGAUUCCAUUUGGGGGUGUAUAUCUGCCGUUCGAGGUGCCGUCGAAUGAGUGCCAUAGAACACCGUUCCUCUUGGCGUACGAUAUGGCGCAUUUCUCGGCGCUGGUAGUAAUGGAAACGGCCGGGGAUUAUCCGCCGGCGUUGAUCCCUCUGGUAGAUGCUAGCAAUCAACUGUUACCGAUACAGUUUUGUAUCGAUCCGGGAGUGGAUUUUGAUUGGCGCGAAUACGACGGAAGUGAUGGCAACUGGGUGCUGACGGACCGAGAACACGUGGCUUUGCUGAAGGAGUAUUUGGACAUCGUAUACGCGCCAAUGCCGGACAGUCCGGAUGAUGAUAUCUACGACGACUACUCGGACGAAGAGUAUGAGAAGAAGAUUGCCGACGGGGAGAUUGUGUUUUCAGACGAGAACCAUAACAACGGAACGAGUAAUCCGAAUUUGGCCGCAAUGACAGCUUCGAAUCAGUCGCUUCCUCCGUAUCAAUCCGGUGCGAGUGGCGGUUCUAGUGGUAAAAGUAAACUGCAAAAUGUUGCAAGGCAGUUUGGGAGUAUCGGCAAAACCGUGAGUAAAAAACUGAAGAAGAACAUUGGAUCCAUCACGAGGAUUGGCAGUAAGAGUGGGCAGCAUAAGAAGUCAAGCAUUUCGUCGGAUAAGUCGUCUAGAGGAGAUUUCCCCAAGUUUCGAAUUUUGUGUGCUACGCUCAAAGCGCGACGACACGAAUACCAGGAAGAGAUGAUAAAGAAUUAUCUGGAAUGUGCCCAGGAACGAUAUCUGGAGAUGGAGCGAGCACGGGAGCGGAAAGCACUGGAAAAAUACAGUAAAUAUGUGGACUCUGGGACCGAUGUGUGUGACUACGCGGCGGACAACGGAACGGACAUGAUGAACUGCAUAAACAAGGGUUGCCUGAAGUACGGGACAGUCGACACGAGCUACAUGUGUUUGGAGUGCUACGAUACCCAGCGAAAGCGAGAAUCUCAAUCCUGUAAUCCUAACGAGUACAUGCCCCGCUAUGGAACGGGUAAAUCCAAAUUCUACGCCCAAGCUGACAUGGAAAGCCACAAUCGCAUCCAGCGCCUGCCUUCCGUGCGGCCACUGACCGAGCUUGACCAAACUCUUUAUCUAUCCCGGUCGACAUUCUACAAUGACAAACGAGCAAUCGGCAGAAGUGCAGCGAUACCUCGGCACGGAUUCAGCCCUACUGAGCGUCCGAUCACCCCCAAACCAAUCACCAAUACCACCAGCCACUCGCCGGACUAUUCCAACUGUGCCAAACAGGCGACGGCCAUGUCGGGCGGAAUCGUUGCCACGGUUUAUUCGCCCGGAGGCACGAUCCAGAACCGCGCAGCGCAACCGGCGGGAAUGUGCGUUACGCUUCCGCCUCCGGUAGCCAGUCCGGUUCCGCAGCAUCAUCCAUCGUCGUCAACGCCGACAUCUUCCGGAAUGUCGUCAUCGUCUUCGUCGGGUUCAAACGCUUCGGAUUCGGCCCUACGGCAGCAACCUUCCGGAAUGAUGAACAGUAGUCAUUACGGGAAAAAUCAAAAGUGCCGAACCGAGGGCUGCAGCUACUAUGGCAGUAUCAACACGAACUUCUACUGUUCCAAGUGCUGCCAGGAGAACAACGUCUAAUCUGAGAACGUCUCGUGGCAAUCGUGUAAAUAUUCGCAGUCACUGCGAUCACCCCCCCUUCCCCUGAACUAAAGAAAGGUAAGAAAGUUGUUAUUCUUCUAUACAUUUAUAAGCAUACGAAACGGCAAAAGUCACGCAUAUUGCUCUGAAUGCUAUAUUAUGCCACUAUCAUACCACUUUUUGGCGAAAGUACGAGUAUUUUCCUUUUCGAACCAAAACCCCCCACUCAACUAUCGAUUGAUAACACUAAGCGCUUGUUUAAUUGUUGAACUCUACACUGUAAAAAUCAAACCGAGAAAAUGUGAACCGUAGGAAGUUGUUGCGAUCGAUCCGAUGAUGAUCGGCUUGGUUCAUAUCUAGAUUAGGUUCAGUCGUUACCGUUAUUGACUUGUUUACUGAGGAAUUAUAUCUGUUAGCAGCCGCAGCGGACGCACACUGAUCGAAAAAAAGUGUUCUAGAAGAAAGUUUAAGAUUUGUUUCAAUAGUAUGCAGCUGGUAUGUAGAGACCUGAAAUGACUGAGGAGGCGUGCCUGAAUUAAUUAGAGGAAAGUCGUUUCGGAGCGGAUUUGGUUGAACUCUAAUGUUGUUAUGUUUUAAUGUAAGACAGACGUAUUUGGAUUUGGACGAAUAGAUCGAUUGAAUUAAAGGUUGCCGUUGCUAUCUCAUUAUGUGCCGCAUCACAAGACGAAAAAUCUAUGUCUGGGAGAAGAUUUCCAGUGUAACUUAACAUACAUGCAAAUAAAUAUUCGACAGCUUGUUAUAAAUUUCAAA